AUGGGACUAUCUACUCAGGAGAUCUCGCGCCUCCAGUCGGAUCCUGCGUGCAUCAGGAAUAUAUGCAUUGUGGCCCAUGUUGAUCACGGUAAGACCUCGUUGUCUGAUUCUUUACUUGCAACAAACGGAAUUAUCUCCCAAAGACUAGCCGGUAAGGUGAGAUACCUUGAUUCUAGACCUGAUGAGCAGUUGAGAGGAAUCACUAUGGAAAGCUCCGCAAUAUCGCUAUAUUUCAGGCUUUUAAGACGGAACGCUGAAGACCCGGAGGCUGAACCCCAGGUCAAAGAACACUUGAUCAACCUGAUCGACUCUCCAGGCCAUAUCGACUUUUCUUCAGAGGUGUCUACUGCUUCCAGAUUGUGCGAUGGUGCUGUGGUCUUGGUGGAUGUUGUUGAAGGAGUCUGUUCCCAGACGGUCACCGUACUGAGACAGGCGUGGGUGGACGGACUAAAACUGGUGCUAGUGCUGAACAAAAUAGACAGAUUGAUCACAGAGCUGAAGCUGAGUUCUACCGAGGCAUAUAUCCAUUUGAACAAGGUGAUUGAGCAGGUAAACUCUGUUAUCGGAAGUUUUUUCGCUGGUGAGAGAAUGCAGGAAGACUUAUUGUGGAGAGAAAGGAAAGAACAGGGAACCGUAGAAGAGUUUGUGGAAAAGGAUGACGAAGAUAUCUACUUUGCUCCCGAGAAGAACAAUGUGAUUUUUGCUUCCGCUUAUGAUGGCUGGGGGUUCAACAUUGCGCAAUUUGCUUCCAUCUAUGAGAAGAAGUUGGGCAUGAAGAGACAGAAUCUGCAGAAAGUGCUUUGGGGAAACUUUUAUCUUGACCCCAAAUCCAAGAAGGUGAUAUCCUCCAAAGGGCUUAAGGGAAGAACUCUUAAGCCUCUUUUCGUCUCGCUGGUUUUGGACAACAUUUGGGCCGCAUAUGAUUGCAUUUCAAUCAACCGCGACCAGGAAAAGCUAGAGAAAGUGGUGAAAUCUCUAUCGCUCAAGGUAAAUCCUCGUGAUCUCAGGUCCAAAGAUUCCAAAACCUUGAUUAACACAGUAAUGAGCCAAUGGUUGCCUGUAUCCAGUGCAGUGUUGGUAACGGUUGUGGAUAAGCUGCCCUCACCUUUGAAUUCACAGAAGGAACGUAUCCCAACCAUUUUAGAGGCGGCACCAGGGUCUGAGCUGAUAGACCUUCAACUGAAGGAGGAUAUGCUCACUUGCAAUCAGUCUGGACUUGUGAGUGCCUAUGUCUCGAAAAUGGUUUCCAUUCCUGAGUCAGAGUUACCUAAGAACCAGAGAGUUGCAAUGACUCAAGACGAGCUUUUUGAGAGAGGAAGGCUGGCUAGAGAGGCUGCAGCCAAGGCAUCCGAACAAGCUAGACUGUUGACUGAGAAUAAGUCUGAUAAAAACGAAGUCAGUCCUUCUGAUGUGGAGACCAAGAACCCGUUCGAGCUUGAGCUCGAGUAUGAAGAUGAUGAAGAAUCUGAGGAGGAAAUCGAACUCGUCAAAGAGGCCCUGGUUGGUGUGGCUAGAGUUUACAGUGGGUCCAUAAAGGUUGGACAGGAGCUGACUGUUCUGGGGCCUAAGUUCAACCCAGCUAACCCCAACGAACAUGUUUCCAAGGUGACUAUUACUGAUCUUUACUUAAUCAUGGGACGCGAGCUGAUAUCGUUAGCGGAGGUUCCGGCCGGAAAUCUGGCUGGUAUUGGUGGACUGGCUGGUAAAGUGCUCAAGAGUGGUACAUUGGUGUCUUCAGAGAUAACCGGGGUGAACCUUGCUGGUCUGAUUCUCAGCUCUGCACCAAUUGUGCGUGUUGCUCUGGAGCCUGUUAAUCCUACCAAAAUGGACCAACUGGUCCAUGGAUUAGAGCUACUGAACCAAGCUGACCCUUGCGUUCGUACGUUUGUGAAGGAUACUGGUGAGUAUAUCCUUGCCACUGCAGGUGAGCUCCACCUGGAGAGAUGCUUGAAGGAUUUGAGAGAAAGAUUUGCUGGAAUUGAGAUCACUUCAUCUCAGCCUGAAAUUCCUUAUCGUGAAACAAUUUUGGCCCAAUCAGAAAUGAACCCUCCGAAGAAACCAGAGCUCGGAAGAGGUGUGACUCAGCUAAGUCUCGGAAAUGUGAAUAUAAAGUACAAGGUUAUCCCUCUUCCCGAGGCGGUGGUCCAAUUUCUGUCUGAAAACCACAACAGCAUUAAGAAUCUGGUGACUAAGAAGGAAGUCUCUGAAUCGGAGGAUGACGAGGAUGACGAUGAUGCGGGUGUAAUUGAGUCCAACAACCGUGUUCUGACAGCUGGAGAGCUCAAAUCGCAGCUCCAAAAGCUUUUGGAGACUGGUAACAAGUUGAAGAACAAGGACAAUAUCAACUGGACCGACCUCGUCGACAGAAUUGUAUCUCUUGGACCUAAGAGAAUGGGUCCAAAUAUACUUAUGGAUCUCAGUGAUAAUCUGGGGAGAAGAGUUUUUGGUGAAGCUGCUACGAGGUUUCAGUUCGAAGACAGCAUCAUCAACGGGUUCCAGCUAGCGAUGCACGAAGGUCCACUAGCUGCUGAGCCAAUCCAAGGUGUUGCUGUUAUUGUCCAAGAAGCAAAUGUUUCUGAGGAAGAAUCAACAGUGCCAAACUUGUCAGGAAGAACUAUCACCACCACGAGGGAUUGCAUCCAUCAAGGGUUUCUGGACUGGUCUCCUCGUCUCAUGCUUGCCAUGUACUCGAGUGAGAUUCAGGCCUCAGCCGAAGUGCUGGGAAAGGUCUACGCAGUUAUCCAGAGAAGAAGAGGUCAUAUAGAUUCGGAAGAGAUGAAGGAAGGAACACCCUUCUUCAGUAUCGAGGCCAAAAUUCCCGUCGUGGAGGCGUUUGGUUUUAGCGAAGAUAUCAGAAAGAAGACGUCUGGUGCUGCUUCUCCUCAGCUGGUUUUCUCGGGAUUCGAGAUCAUCGAUAUGGACCCAUUCUGGGUUCCCACGACUGAAGAAGAACUGGAAGAUCUUGGCGAGACCGCUGAUAAAGAGAACGUUGCAAGGAAGUACAUGAAUGCCAUCAGGAAGAGGAAGGGCCUAUUCGUGGACGAGAAAGUGGUCAAGAAUGCAGAGAAACAAAGGACUUUGAAAAAAGAUUAA